GAGCGAGGAGUGCCAGUGGCGUGGUGGGAAAUCGAGUGUCCGUCAGUUGGAGUUGGGACUUUGUGUGAGCUUGUGGUGCUUCGCUAGCACUCUGCGUGGCAUGUGAAGAGAAACAGAAGAGGACUUGCUUCCAAAACACUCCUGAACAAGAACAUCGUCAGCCCUUUAGUCGAAAAACGCUUGUGAUGCAGUGCGUGACGUCUCUGGUGCAGUGAAUUUGGAACAGAACACAGAGAGAGAGAGAGAGACUCAAGAUGCCAGACUCUGAGAAGGACAUCGUGACGAAGGAGUGGCUGCAGGCGGAGCUGCGGGCUGCCACGCGGGAUCUCAUCAUCCUGGACUGUCGCAGCUCAAAUCUCUAUGCGGAGUGUCACAUCCGUUCGGCUGUGAACUUCUCCAUUCCCAGCAUCAUGCUGAGACGCCUCGCGGCUGGCAAGAUCGACAUCACGUCCACGAUCAAGUGUCGCAUCCUCAAGCAGAGGAUCACGAAUGGAUACAAGGAGGGCAUCUUCGUGCUGUAUCACGACGCGAUGGACGCAACAAAUGACACAAUUAAUGUGUUGCAUCGACGACUCAAACAAGAUGGCUGCCAUGUUGUGUGUCUCGAGGAGUCCUUCGCGAGCUUCAGGUCCUCCUUUCCGGAGUGGUGCGAGGAGUCAAUGGACGGGAAUGUGGACGCGAAGAUGGCACACGGCGGACAGACGCCGGCGGAGCAGCUAAUGGGACUGAGAUCCCUUCGCAUUUCCACACCACAAUCAGAUUCAGCGUGCAGCAGCUCGGCCGAGUCAUCGGACUGCGAGAGUUCCACUCUGUCGCACAGCAUCGCGUCUUCUGGGGCGCCGGUGGAGAUCCUGCCGGGACUCUUUCUCGGCAAUGCACAGCACAGCGAGGACUCGAGGGCGCUGCAGAAGUACAACAUUCGCUACGUGCUGAACGUGACGCCGGACCUGCCGAAUGUGUUCGAGGGCUCGGGCGGCAUCCAGUAUCUGCAGAUCCCCAUCACGGAUCACUGGAGUCAGGACGUGGCCGUGUACUUUCCCACGGCGAUUCAGUUCAUCGAGGAGGCGCGCACCAAGGGUGCCGCCGUCCUGGUGCACUGCCUGGCCGGCGUGUCGCGCUCCGUCACAGUGACACUGGCCUAUCUCAUGCACGCGCGCUCGCUGUGUCUGAACGACGCCUUCUCGCUGGUGCGCUCGCGCAAGCCGGACGUGUCACCCAACUUCCACUUCAUGGAGCAGCUGCACUCGUUCGAGCGUCAGCUCAAGUGUCGCCCCGCCGAUCCGCCGCCGCCGCCGGCCGUCCGUGCGCGCGCCACCAAGUACUCGUGCGCGUGCGCCGAGGUGGAGUGCAAGUGCAUGCAGACGGACUUUCUGGCCACCGCCACCGGCGUGAGCCCAGAUUCGGGCAUUGAGUUCGAUCGCUGGACGCCCGGCGACACGGAGACGCCCAAAUGAGGGCGGCUCGUGGGGAAGAGCUUCGUGUUGCCCACCAGCGUCGAGGAUGCUGAGGAGACGACGACGGCCGCCGAGUGAAGUCUCUGCCCACGAGAUGUGGGCCCAUCGCCGGCGGCCGGGGCGACGGCCGAACGGGGCUCUUUGCCUGCGGGACACAUAGAUGACAUAUAUGCCAAAACAGCGACGACGGAAUCGCCUCGGUGGAGUGGACAAAGUCGAGGAGAGAGAGAGAGAUAUUGUGGCCGAAAAUUGUGUACAAUUUGAGCGAAAGAAUGUGUUUAAAAUCACUUGCAAUUUUCCAUUUAUCGUAGUUCGCUGAACUUCUAGGUUUUCCUCGAGAGAAAAAUGUUGUUUUUAAAUUCUCUUUUCCACAUUAUGUGGAGGACUAAUUUGAGUGAGACUUUGUGAGUGAAAAACAUCCAAGAAGAUACAAGUUUAACAGAAUUAAACAUUUGCGUUUUACAAUAGAGAGCGCAAUUGUGGAUUUUGAGGCGAUAAGAAACACUAUAUAUGGCACUAAAGUUAAAUAUGAGGAUAGAUAAAGUGUUCUCCUUAAAAUUAUUGAUAGAAAACUCUGCAGAAUCUUUUGAUUAAAUUUCACACUGAUAUUUGGCAAGUCAUCAUUUAUUCUUUGGUCUGAAUAUAUCUUUUUUAAUUCUCCUUUUUGACUCAUAAUCUCACAAUAAUUGUCCUAAAAAUUCAUAAGACGUUCAAGAACUGCUUCAAUAUCUCAAAGGGUUCAAGAAGGACUACAGAUUUGGCCAUAUUAUGUCUCCCUUGCGCACAAUAGAGAGAGAGAGGAAGAGAGAAAGAGAGCUACUUAAAGAGCGCGCCAAAUCUCAGACGAUUCCGCUGUGCUGGAAGAAUAUCUACAAUUAGACACGCAUUAGAAGUGGACACAUAUAUAAUUUCUUCGGCAGCUUGAGAGGAUGUUGUGUUGUUGAUUGUUGAUUUGUGUAAUGAGAGUUGAUUUGAGAAAAUAAUACACUAAUAUUUAAAAUAUUUGUGAAAUAUUGCUGAACAUUUCAGCGGAUUUCUUUCUAAAAAAAAAAGUAAAUAAACAAAUCAAGAUAUAAAUAUCUAAAUAUAUUAUUAGAGAGAAAAUGGAGAAGUUAUGGAAAAAAUAUUGAUGAAACUAAUAAUAUUCAUGGUGUAAAUUUUAUGAUAUUUUGAAAUUAAUGUAUAAAUUACAUCAAAGAUGCAAUAUUUUCCUUUCUUUUAUUCAAUAUUAAAUCUUUGUAACUCCGUUGUGGAUAUUUAACAAAAGAGAAGAGACGAAGAAGAAAAAUAACUAAGAAUAAGAACAUGAAAAACCUCAUUGAAGAACACGAGAUUCUAAAAAAAAAAACAGCAGCACUUAAACUUAGAUGCAGUAAAAGCUUAGAGAAGCUUUUCGAUAUGAAGAAGAAGAAUAAAAAAAAAACAUGAGAAACAAUUUGUCUAAUUCCAAAGAAAAGUUCUCAUAAUGUGCAUUUUUUUAAACAUAAUUGUAAAAAUAUAGCCAAAGUUGUUCUCUUUACACCAUAAAUUUCAUUCCAUACGAAAAACACAAGUGUUGGAAUCGAAGAAUGAAAUAACAAUAAAAAUUGCCUCCAAAACAUUCCUGAAAAUUUCAAACACCAGCGAUAGUAAGAUAACAUUUUUUUGCAAAAAUAAGAAGAAUAAGGAAAAACAUUUAUAGAAACACUGUUUGCAUUUAUAUGGUGAACAAGGUUUCCAAACUUCCAUAGAACUGUAAAAAAAAAUCACGAAUUGAGAGAACUUAUUCUCAAGAGAAAAAAAAAACAUUUACAUAAUAAUUACACUUUCCUAGAAAAAAAUGCAGAGAAGGAAUAUAAAACAUAUAUAUAUUUUUGGAUAAAAAUAUGAUGAAAUAUUAAAGAAUUCCACAUUGUAUUUUUGUAAUAAACGAGCCAAUAUUUCUUAUUCCCACAGAGAAAAAAAAAAUUAAACAGUGAAGAACAAAAUUUGUGUAAAACUCAGCUUGAUGAAGAAAUAAAAGGAUUAAGCAUUAGACAUUAAAAUGACAUAAAUUCUAAUAAAUGCAUUUCCUAAUAAGUAUAUAAAAAUAAUGAUAUAUAAUUAAAUGGAAGGUUUUUUGCAGUCGCCAAAGUUGUUUAAUUCCUCUUUUCACUACUGUAUUAAAAGCGCAGAGUUUACAUCCAAGAGCAAGAGAGUAAGACACGUGAGAGAUUGAGAAAUUAUGUAAAGGAAAGAAAAACAUAUAAAUAUAUAUAUAUUACUGUAAUUGACAAAGUGAAUAAACACACAGUGUAUUAAUAAAGGAUAUAAAGAAAAAAAA